AUGCAAUUUGCUCGGUGGAAGGACAUUCCUACUCAAAACAAGAAGAUUUUAUGGCUAGCAAUGAAACAAAAAUUUAAUCUAGAAGAGGACAUUGGAGUUAAGAAAAUUGUGUUUGAGCAACUAAAUCGUCAAUACCAGAGUCUUCGUCAUAACCUUCAUGAGCAUUAUGAGAAUAAUCUGGAUGAUGAAAACAUACUUGAACACCCUCCAAAAGGAAUAACACCUGAAAAUUGGGCGGCCGUGAUCAACUACUUUGAGACUGAAGAUUUCAAGAAAGUAAGUGAACGGAAUAAGCAAAACCGUAGAAAAUUAAAAUUGUCUCAUGCUUGUGGGACUAAGUCUAUAGCACAAUAUUGCUAUGAAGAGUGUGAUAUAGAGACUGGUAAAGAGCCAACACGGACAUCAACGUGGAAGAAGACUCGAUUUAGCAAUAAUAAAAAUGAUUGGGUUGAUGAUGCUUCGCGCGAAGUAUAUGAGGAAAUUUUAAAAUUUCAAAACGGAGGAGAUGAAGAUAUAGAAGAUGUUGUUAGCGAAGAUGAAGCCUUCAUAAAGGUGCUCGGACCAGAGAAAUCGAGUCGUUUACGUGGUUGUGGGGAUGGCCUGAAACCUCCUUCUAAAAGAGGGGAAAAUGUUAAUCAAGAACUAGCAGAGGAGAACGAAUAA